UUAUCAUUCAUUUCAGAUAGAAUGAACUGUUAUACCAUGGUACGCUCUGUUCAACUUGUCUGCUGAUUAAACCAUUAAACUGUGCUAGAGUUGAGAGUGGUGUAAAGAAAUGGCCUCUUUCAUGACUGAUGACUAUGUCGAAUACGACUUCAGCGAUGAUGAUCUUGUCAACAGCUCUGAUGAAGAUAGCGCACUUCCGCUUGAGAAGUGGCUGAGGUCUAAACUGCACGAGAGCAGCAGCUUAGAAGCAGAUUCAAACAGCAGAGAUUCUGUGAAAGACAUGAUCCAAAAAGAACAUGAGAAAUCUAUUCUGACUGGGAAAGAGGCGAAGAAACUAGAAGAGAGAGACUUCGAGCAGUACAUGGAAGACGCUUUAGACGAGUUUGACGACUUAGACCAAGUGCAAAACUCAGACUCUAAUACUCAGAAAAUAGACAUCAAAAAUAAAAGCAGUCACACGAAACAUGUAAAAUUUGCAGAAAACAUUGAUGUCAAUCAGAACACGUCUUCGACAGAUGGUCAGCGAACAGAAGAGGUCACUGACCCGGAAAUAGAAGAGGAAUCUUCCGAAGGUCAUGACCCUUUCUACGACCCAGAAGCGGACGACGAAGAUGAACGAUGGGUUCAGAACGAAAGAGUGAAACACUUGAAAACUGAUUAUUCAAAUCAAAGUGAUAAAAAAGAGAGUGAUGGUGGAAGCAGGUCACGUCGCAGAAAUCGCACAGCGUUUAGCGAUGCUAUCCUAAGUUGUCCAGCUUGUAUGACGAUUGUAUGCAUAGAUUGUCAGCGACAUGAGUUUUACGCCAACCAAUAUAGAGCCAUGUUUACUAUGAACUGCAAAGUAGAGUUGAACGAAGUUCUGCAUGUAACAGAAAAAGCGAAGAAAAAGAGGAGUAAAAAACGUGGAGGUGGAAAAUUUAAGACAGAUGAAGAGGCUUGUACGAAUAGUAAUAUUUUAGCGGAGGGUAUGAAGUGUAUGAAGAAAGAGGUGGUGAAUGAAGAUUCGAGAGAGUUGAUCAAACUUGAGCAGGAUCAAUUCCACCCGGUCAAAUGUGAAGUUUGCACGACAGAAAUAGCGGUGUACGAUAGAGAGGAAAUAUUCCACUUCUUCAACAUUAUUGCCUCACUCUCCUGAAAAAUGAUCAGAAGUUUAGUGAUGACUUUCAUCACACAGAUCAACAGAUAUUUAUCAGAGUUUGUGUGGAGCGAUGGGUCUUGAGAGUCUCUUUUGACCCAAAAAUAUUAUGGAUUUACUGUUAGCACACCAAGAAAGUAGUAGCCGCCGUCACUGCUGAAAAAUUGCUGUUCUGAAGUACUGUUUUAUGUCGAGGUUCAUACAAAAAGUGUCUCAGUAAUUAAAGAAAAUUAGUUGUAAUUUUUUUUUAGUUCAAGUCUA